CCUGGGUACUGCUAGCGAGCAGCAACAACAAAGCACCGCGCAGAGGGAAUAAAAACCUUAAAAACUGGAUUAUUAACGAGUUUAUUCGCAGGGUUAACUUUAUUCUGGGCAUUUUAAACCUUCUGGAACCCGCCAACGCACAUGGUCAGGACGCUGCUGGAUCCUGACCGAGAAGGCGUCUCAACUUAGCGGUUAGCUUCUGGAGGAGCACAGACCCGGAACCAGCCGCUGCAGCGGGGCUUCCUGAGGUCUGAGCCCGGCCUGGGAGCCGCUCCAGCGGGGCUUCCUGAGGUCUGAGCCCGGCCUGAGAGCCGCUCCAGCGGGGCUUCCUGAGGUCUGAGCCCGGCCUGGGAGCCGCUCCAGCGGGGCUUCCUGAGGACCUAGCCCGGCCUGAGAGCCGCUCCAGCGGGGCUUCUGCAGGACUGAGCCCGGCCUGAGAGCCGCUGCAGCGGGGCUUCCUGAGGUCUGAGCCCGGCCUGGGAGCCGCUCCAGCGGGGCUUCCUGAGGACCUAGCCCGGCCUGAGAGCCGCUCCAGCGGGGCUUCUGCAGGACUGAGCCCGGCCUGAGAGCCGCUCCAGCGGGGCUUCUGCAGGACUGAGCCCGGCCUGAGAGCCGCUGCAGCGGGGCUUCCUGAGGUCUGAGCCCGGCCUGGGAGCCGCUCCAGCGGGGCUUCCUGAGGACCUAGUCCGGCCUGGGAGCCGCUGCAGCGGGGAUCAGUGGUCCUGGUCCGGGGUGUGUGGAGCCCGCAGGCUGGAGAUGGGGCUGUUCCUCUGCGGCGGAGCGGCUCUGAAGAGGCUCUCUGGGUCUGGAUCCUGCGGGGUUUGAAGGGAUGAAGAAUGAGGAGAGUCUUCAUUCCCAGGAAGCUCUUUAGAACCAGACCCCUUGAAGAACAGGACCGUUUGACCCCCCCUGCGCAGGACCAGCCCGGCCUGGCAUGACUGAACCGGGAGCAGCAGCCGGGGUCCCGGGCCCCUCUGGCCUCCCAGGCCGGGUCAGGACCCUGUGCUCGCCCCCUCCUCCCGGGAGGCUGAGUUCUCUGAGGACCAGGGACCUGACUCUGGGGGGGGGCUUCAAAAAGACCAAGAAAACGUUUGAGCCCAACGUCCACGCUGUGAGGAGGACUAAAGACGAUGUGUCCAGGUCGAAGGAGGACGUCCAGGCGGCCCCGAGGAAGGACCGGAGAGAGAGGGACGAGCGGCGGAGGGAGGGCCGAGGCCGGAGGAAGGACAGGCCUCAGACCAUCCAGUCCCACUCCAUCUUUGAACAGGGUCCCGCGGACUCUGGACGUAGAGCAGGCUGGCGAGCCGCUCCAGACCCGCAGGGCUCCGGGUCGUCCCCCGUCUGCAGGACCAUGAAGAAGGAACGGCGAGAGGCAGAGGACGACGAGGACGAAGACCAGAUCCUCAGUAAGCUGCAGAGAGACGAUUUCAUCGACGACCCGGGUCUGAAGAAUGACGACAAGCUGAAACCCGUCCAGUUACCCCUGAGCCAGAGCCCCCCACCUGCUGGAGGCCGGUGCGGCUCUGCCCGGAGCGGGGCGGAGAAGCCCUCCAUAGCGGAGCUGCUGCGGGGGCUCCGCCUGUCGGGGGGGGAGGAGCUCUUCUUCAUGCAGCUGCCGGACUGCAUGCCGGGCCGGGCGCCGGCGCCGCGGCCCGGACCCGGGCCCGGUCCAGAGAGACCGGCCAAGAGGGAGGCCCGGUCUGAGGAGCGCAGGACUGCAGCGGUCCCGGCUCCAGUCAGUACACACACACACACACACACACACACACACACACACACACACACACACACACACACACACACACACACACACACACACACACACACACACACACACACACACACACACACACACACAUUAGAUUAUUGCAGGAAGUGGCUCACCAACAGUUACUGUUGGUUGUUUAGCAAUUUGAAGGCUGUUGGCUGGAAUUGUUUUUCACAGUGGUUCAGUCUGGUUCUGGUUCUGGUUCUGGUUCUGAGGAACCUGAAUCUAUCCAGACGAUUGGAGCUAGACCUCGUGGUGUGAAGUUUGAGUCGGAUCACACACAGUUUUCUGUUUUGGUGAUGGACUGCUCAUAAAGCGUCCAGAGGGAAGGAUGGGUCCUGAGGGCAGUCCACCACAGACCGGACCGGCAGUCCACCACAGACCAGACCGGACCAGCAAUCCACCACAGACCAGACCGGACCAGCAAUCCACCACAGACCAGACCGGACCAGCAAUCCACCACAGACCAGACCG